AUGAAUGCAGGAACCCACAAUUUACCACCAGGAAGCUCUCCAUUACCGAGGGGAGAUCAAUUGCCAGAACCCUCCGCGGUCCCAUCGUCCAAACUACAAUUAGCUGACGACUCUUCAUCGGGAACUGUCCUUUCUCUAGGUGGUGGAAGUAUGAAAAUGUUGGGUGUGGUGUUGCUGCUGUGUGUGGCCGGUGUCCUGGAGCCAGUGGUCGCCAGGAGAGGACGAUCUAGAAGUCGGACCAAGUCCAGAGUACAGAUUGGCCUUCCCAUUACCGGAAAAUACCGAGACCCGGAGAGCGACCAGUAUUACAACAACAACAACGGCGCAAAGAUUCUACAAGCGUCGCACUUUGAUUAUGAAUACGUGUUGGGCCACAAGAUAGCGUUUUUGUGUGUCGCCAAAGGGAAUCCACGUCCUCACAUCACAUGGUUCAAGGAUGGAAUAGAGCUCUACUCUCAUCUAUAUCUCCAUGUGCACGAGUGGACGGUAUCUAAGGACACGGUCAAGUCUAAGCUGGAGAUAGACCCGGCCACUCAGAUGGACGCUGGACUUUACGAGUGUUCCGCAGACAACAUGUACAGCAUCGACAGACGCAGCUUCAAAACUGACUUCAGCAUUGCGUUCGACUGAAGUACACACACUCACAGACUUCACAACAGCAUAAACAAUGAUUUAAAUAUACAUAGUUAUGUUAUAGUUUGUAAGUUUUACUUAAGUGUAAACAAUGCAAGGUUUAACGAGUGGAAUAAAAAUAAUUUUGUAAGGA